AACAGACUGACCGACCUCCCCCUUUUGACUCACCACGGUUCCGCCUCUCCCCCCUUCUCCCUCUCGCAUUCUUCCUCCCCCGUUUCGGGGAGACGCCACGAGAAAAGAGGGAGCAGGGAAAGAAAUCGCCUCCACGUCCACGGUGACGCCGGAUCGCGCGUCAAAUUUCUUUGCCGCGGAUUUGGUGCUGCAAAUUUUCUAGAAUUUUUUCGUUUUGUAGGGGGCAUUAUUGGCACGGUAUCUUAGUCCUGGGCUUAUAUUAUCUGCAUUUUCGUUUCCCCCGAUUUUUUCGACUCAAUUUCUUAACGGAUUUGGGAAUCGCGGCUAGGGGGCUCUGCAUUGCCGGAUUUGCUCGAUUUCGUGGGCGCAUUGCAGCUUUGCAUUGCAUAACGAUCUUUGCCUUGGUCGCCCACGUUCGCGAUUCUGUCUGAGCUUCCUCACCCGGGCUCGUGCAUUUCUCCGAACAUCUCCAGGUGUCUGUUGCACAAGCUCUCGCUUGUUGCUCCAAUUUCACGCGUUCUGCAUGCAUGUAUUCCCCGAAGGUGGUGCCAUUCUGGGGCUGUUGCAAAGUUCUCUGGUCAAAACCAAUGGAUUCCGUCGAGCAAUCGGUUCCACGGUGCUAAGAGAUUGUUGUCCAUUGGCCAUCCCCAUGAAUUUCUGAAGGGGGAGAAGAAUUGCUGUUGCAUUUCCCGGGCAGGUGCAUUGGCAUGGUCGCAGUAGUGUAGGAAGCAGAAAAGAUGAGGCACUGUUGGAGUGCAUGGCUCCUGGCCCUGUGCCUCGUCUCUGUCCAGCUCCUCGCUCCAUUGGUAUGCGAGCGAUUGCUCGUUGCAGCACAGAACCUGUCACCGCCAGCCUUGACACCGCCCCUUGUCAAAGAAGUAGACGAUGUGGUGGAACAUGUAUGGAUCUCAUGUGGGUUAGACAGGGGAUCUCUUGAAGACGUUAGAAAACAUUUCAAUUACAACCACGUAUUUGACAUUCUCCGUACGCUCUCCGGAAAAGAUACUAAGGAUAGCUCUCCUGAAACUGAAGAUGCCAGCAAAGCACUGUCUCCAGAAAUUAAAAACACUUUGCUGAACUGCUUAAGCAAGCACCCACUUGUAGUUGCUGCACAUGAGAGUGCAAAAAACUUACCUAUUGAUUAUAUCAAAAUGCUUUUUGCCUUGUUAAGAAGAGAUGUGGCUCAAGGAUCUACAGGUGCAGCGACAACUUCUGCACCACCAGCAGCUGUGAAAUCAAAUCCAUCACCUUCUUUAGGGGAACCUUCCUCAACAAAACCUGACAAAAAUCCAGAUCCUCCAUUAGAAACAACACCCGAAGAAAAAAUGGUGCCCCAAACUGAAAAAACAGUGGCCAAAAAGGAAGAUAACAGUAACAUGUCAAUCACUGCUGUCAUUGGUUUGUCUGUGUCUGCUAUUGCGUUGUUAGCCCUUCUCUGCUUAUGCAACUUUGUUUGCCGUGCAAAACAGGCCUCUUCAUCUGAAGUAGGGGUUGAUAAACCGCCUCUGAAUCAGAACCUGAGUAAUUUAUCUGCUUCUCUUAAGUUUUCCAAAGGAAACUCAAUUGAUGUCAACAAGCUGGGAGCACUGCCGCUAAAGUCAGAGGCUGGCCAAAAUGGCAAUGCCAAACUAAGCUCAUCUGAAAUCUCUAAAACUGAAGUUACCCCAGCAGUCUACAACUGUUUGGCUGAACCAAUGGCUGCUUCUACUGGUUAUGUCCCAGGAUCAAGACCAACAACCCCACCAUCUAUGCCACCUCCAGCCCCUGCACAUCCGAAGGCUCCUCCCUCAUCAACUCCUCAAGCACCUGCAUCUCUGAAGGCUCCUCCCUCAUCAACUCCUCAAGCACCUGCACCUCUGAAGGCUCCUCACUCAUCAACUCCUGAAACACCCGCACCACCUUCAAAGCCUAGUUCAGUUCUUCACUCAGAACCCUCAUCACCAUCUGCUCUAAAAGCUGCACCUCCACCAAAAGAUGCACCACAGCCAAAAGCUGCACCUCCACCGCCACCAAAAUCUACCGGCCCACCACCACCAGCAAUGUCUGGUUCAUCGAAUACACGUCCACCACCGCUUAUGAAGAAAUCAGGCAAUAAGAUGGAUGAUGGCGCAAAUUCUCAUGAAGCUAAAACAAAGCUAAAGCCCUUCUUUUGGGAUAAAGUAACAGCAAAUGCUAAUCAGUCUAUGGUGUGGGAUCACCUCAAGUCUGGAUCUUUCCAGUUUAAUGAGGGUAAGAUGGAAAGCCUUUUUGGUUAUAACUCUGUGGAGAAAAUAGGCGGUGAUGGCAAGAAAGAUUUAUUAUCUAAGGAUAUACCUCAAUUUGUGAGGAUACUUGAACCUAAGAAGGCACAGAACCUUGCGAUAUCAUUAAGGGCUCUGAGUGUUUCACCAGAGGAAGUAUGUAGUGCAGUUAAGGAAGGAAAUGAACUUCCAUCAGACUUGAUAGACACACUACUAAAGUGGAUCCCAAGCAAUGAGGAGGAGCUUAGGCUUCGACUGUACACUGGGGAACUGUCUCAGCUUGGUCCUGCAGAGCAAUUCCUAAAAUCGAUUAUCGAUAUUCCAUAUAUUUUCCAACGUCUGGAUGCAUUACUUUUCAUGUCCAGUCUACCAGAGGAAACUUCAAAUGUGAAACACGCUUUUGCUACUUUAGAGGUGGCUUGCCAAGAGCUUAAAAACAGCCGGCUUUUCUUGAAGUUACUUGAAGCGGUCCUUAAAACAGGAAACAGGAUGAAUGUUGGCACAUUCCGUGGAGGAGCUCAGGCUUUUAAACUUGACACGCUCCUUAAGUUAUCUGAUGUCAAAGGAACUGAUGGGAAGACAACACUUCUGCAUUUUGUGGUUGAAGAAAUUAUUCGUUCUGAAGGUAUCCGUGCUACAAGGGCUGCAAAAGAUACUGACGGUAAUAAUAUGCGAACUGAAGAUGAUUACAAACAACUUGGGCUGAAAGUUGUGUCCAAUUUAAGUGAUGAGCUACAAAAUGUCAGGAAGGCAGCGAUCCUGGAUGCAGAUCAAUUGACAAUGUCAGUAGCAACUCUUGGCCACAAGCUUGUCAAAACCAAAGAAUUCCUUAACACGGGCAUGAGAAGUCUGGAUGAACACAGUGGGUUUCACCGCAAGCUGAAGCAUUUCGCAGAGCAGUGCCAAACUGAUGUUUCUUUGUUGCAAGAGGAAGAAAAGAAAAUUCGGUCCUUGGUCAGGGGCACUGUUGAUUAUUUCCAUGGGAGUACAGGGAAGGACGAGGGCCUGCGGUUAUUUGUGGUAGUACGAGAUUUCCUUGCGAUGCUGGACAAGGUUUGUAAAGAGGUGAAAGAAGCAUCAAAAGUGGCUCCAAAGAAAACAAAGACCGCUCAGCCAUCUCAAGCAUCUUUCAAUGAUCCCAGGCGCAAACUAUUCCCAGCAAUUCAAGACCUAAGGGCAGACAGUUCAAGCUCUGAUGAAGACGAUUAGCUGUAUACCGAAUCAAGGAGUCCAUGUUUUCACCUUCGAAUGCACUGAAUUUGACCCUUCAAAACAAUAGUGCGGUGAUACAUAAUACAUGGAAACUGAUGGGAAAUGGUGAAGUGACGCUAUUUUUUGCCAUCCACUGAUCAAAAAGGCAACAAUCAAAUUGGGAAACCUGGCUUGGCUUUACACUGACAUGUUGGUAAUGACAAAUCAUCAGACCAGAUCUGGCAUUCUUGGCCAAUGGGUUUGUAUGGCACUCUCCUAUCUAGCAAGAAGGAUGUUCAUAUGGUCGAGACAGCAUCUAUAUAAAAGGUGUGGCUGGUGGAAAAUGGAUAAUUCAAAGGAAAUGGAAGAAAACUGGCUCUAGUUUAGAACCGGUGUAAAUGCAGGAGGAAGUCUGACUAAUACUAUUUUUCUGUUCAUUGUACACAUGUACCAUUGUACCGAACGCAGAGAAAUGCAGCGCAAACUUGUGAAUCCGGUGCCAUUACCCUUGCAAACAGGAAUACAAAUGAAGUGUUUGGUUUGAGAAAUAAGCUAGUUUAUCA